AUGCGCCCAACUGCUCUCGCCGCACUUGUCGCCCUCUUCUCACCCUGCACCGCCCACCCAGCGACCACCUCCUCCGACCCGCUCCCGCUCGUGAUAUGGCACGGCCUGGGCGACAACUACCUGGCUGAGGGCCUGCAGGAGGUCGGCGAGCUGGCCGAGAAGAUACACCCGGGCACCUUCGUCUACAACGUGCGCCUCGACAACGACGCCGGCAGCGACCGCACCGCCACCUUCUUCGGCAACGUGACCACGCAGCUCGCCCAAGUCUGCGCUGACCUGGCCGCCCACCCCAUCCUGUCAUCGGCCCCCGCCAUCGACGCCCUCGGCUUCUCGCAGGGCGGCCAGUUCCUGCGCGCCUACGUCGAGCGGUGCAACGCCCCGCCCGUGCGCAGCCUCGUCACCUUCGGCAGCCAGCACAACGGCAUCGCCAAGUUCCAGGCCUGCGGCCCCACCGACUGGCUGUGCAAGGGCGCCAUGGGCUUGCUGAGAUCGAAUGCCUGGAGCGGCUUCGUCCAGAACCGCGUCGUCCCCGCCCAGUACUACCGCGAGCUUAAUGAGACCACAGGCCUCGGGUCCGACGCCUACCUCGAGCACUCGAACUUCCUUGCCGACAUCAACAAUGAGCGCGCGCUCAAGAACGUGACGUACAAGAAGAACCUGGCGAGCUUGGAAAAGUUCGUCAUGUUUGUCUUUACCGACGACACCACGGUCAUACCCAAGGAGACGGGCUGGUUCGCCGAGGUCAAUGCGACGUCGGAGGAGGUCACGAGGCUCCAGGAUAGGACGAUUUACAAGGAGGAUUGGAUCGGGCUGAAGAAACUCGAUGAGAAGGGUGCGUUGGUCUUCAAAAACGUUACCGGCGAGCACAUGCGCUUGAAUGAGGAAGACUUGGAGCAUGCUUUCCGCGAAUACUUUGGACCCGUGAGCAAGAAGUCGGUCUUCCAGGAAGUGCUGGGAGCUUGGGAGUUGUAA